UCUCGAUUUAGAAUUAUGAAAUUGCUUUUCAGUUAUCUGUUAACAUUAAUAGCGUUUUCAAUAGUUGCAAUACUUUUUGUAUGGACAUACUGGGAAGCUCAGAGCUCAGUUAUCUCUAGAAAUUUUCAUGGUAUUGGACACUUAGAAUCAAAAUUUGAAAAUGUACCUAUUAGAAGAGAAAUUCUGCUUUAUCCAACGUCUGGAAAUAACACCAAACAAGGUAUUUCUACUGCACCUACUAUAAAGACCACCACUGCCAUGACGUCAAAGCCUGUUAGGAUUGAGACUAUUACUAAAGGAAUUCCGAAAAAAGCGAAUUCAUCUCAAGAACUUUUCAAAUUUAAAACCGUUUUUUACAAUCGAGUAGGAAAGUGUGGAAGCAGAUCGUUACUUAAAUUAAUUCAAGCUUUAGGAAGAACCAACAAGUUUGAGGUAUUUCACGCAAACCCCGCUUCUAGGGUGCAUCCAGGUUCUACCGGAGUCGAAAAAGAAAUGAAAAAAAUUUCUAGUUUUGAUGAAAAACCGACUUUUUAUGAUCGACAUAUACAUUUUCUUGAUUUUAAAGCAUUUGGGCUUGAGGAACCUAUCUAUAUAAAUAUGAUACGAGAUCCAAUACAGCGAUUUUCAUCCCAGUAUAAUUAUUUGAAAUACGGAGACGCCACCGGAAGGGUCAAAGACCCCGUGAACAAUUUACCAGAUAUUAAUGAAUGUGUAAUGAAAAACAUUUCGUUGUGCAAUAACAAGGAUUUUAUGUUCAACAUUGGUUCAUAUUUUUGUGGGUUUGAUGAAGUUUGUUCGAUUAGAUCCCGCGACAGAGUCGAAUUAGCAAAGAAACAUAUCGAUGAGAAUUAUUAUGCGAUUGGAUUAACAGAAGAAUUUGAAAAUACUAUAAAAUUACUGGAAAAAAUGCUUCCAAGUUUUUUUGAAGGAGUUACAAGAUUAUGGAGUGGAAGAAUGAAAUCGUGGAAGUCAUUGACGUCGACAAAACGAAAAGAAACUUUGACCGACGAGUCAAUUGCAAAACUAAAAAAUAGUUAUCUUCUGGACGAAUAUGAAGUUUAUAAUCACGGUAGAAAAAAAUUUGAGCGACUUAAAACUGCAUUUGGCAUUCAGUGACACAAUAGAAUACACUUACAUAGGCUGCGCGUGAACACAGCACGACCAUACCACCGUCAAUUGCACCCGCCCAGCAAAAUACAUCAAACUCAAACAUACACGUGACCGGAAACCCUCGUGGUGACGGGGGCGCUAUAUUUCAAGAUCAGCUAAUUAUGGACCUUCUUGGCUGCACUUGGCGAUGAACACAAUAAACAAAUUGAACACAUCUAACAACAAGAAAGCGGUGCUCAAAUAUAUGGACACGGAGUAGUACGAGUAUACAUUAUGCCACAGAAGUCUACAGGUGCCGUAUAGCAGUUGAGCAGAUUUGAACUUACGCGAUAGCGGAACCGCCACAAGAAGCGCAAUUUUCAAUUUUGGUGACGUCUUCGCAAAAAAAUAAACGAGUCUCAUAAAGGCCACAGAAAUUUUUGAAAUAAAUACAAAGCCUUUUAGCGAAAUGCUUUUAACCACGGAAAAUUACAAAGCAAUCCAGUAGUUAAUGAGAAAAGCGAUGAGAAGAUUUUUUCACACCAACAAGAAGAAGAAAAGAUAUACUAACAUGACAAUCAACAACAACAAAAUGAUCCAUAGGUCUACUUCCUGUCUAACAACUAAUCAGCGAAACAAUCCAGAUGUCUAUUUCGCGUCAAAAAAUCCAGAUGAAACCAGAUCUAACAAGAUACGGUUGAUAAGCCCGCUCAAACAUUAUUUUUUUCCAACCCAGAAAGUAGCCAGCCCCAAAUUUUUUGUAUAAUGACGUAAUACGACGCUGGCUCUUGAUUUUGCUCCAAACAGAGCCAGAUAAAAGCAGUCACUUAUUACUAAAAAUAUCUUGAAGAUUCUCUCUAUUGAGAUGGCCCCUCAGCCUCCUGGCUACGCCAAUGUUUCCAACAUAACCUAUCAGUGUUGGAAGGUAUACACUGGUGCUUUUAAAACAGAAUAUAUUAAACUGCUUUAAGUGGUUUUGAACGCAGCAUAGUUCCGUGGAUUUCUGAUUGAAAAUUAUUUCAUUGUUGUGGGACAAAAGAGCUUUCUUCUGCAACUAAUUUAUCCAUCAAAUUCGUUUUCAUUAUUUAUUCAGCUAAGUUUUCUCUUGUCAUAUGCUGCCUCAUUGAAAAUCCAUCACGUUGUGGUUUCAUUUAUUUAUUAUUUUUCUGUGUAAUACUCAUUUCUAUUUUGUUGCUUAUAGCUUUUUUUUUAUCUAUAACAUGACCUCCGAAUACACGCAAAUUUUGGCGGUCCAGAAGUG